AGGGUCUUGGACAGGAGCUGCUGGUACUUCAUGGGCACGGAGUACCUGGAAUGCAGCUCCUGUCACAAGAAGAUGCCGGGAUGGUCGCAGGACAUCUUGGGACAGCUGGACAUGGCCCAUCGUGAGCAGUUUCCAGCAGUUCUCACGUACAAGUUGUCCUGCGACAGAGCUGUGAUCGGGCUCAUGAAGGGGCGCACUUUGGGCAACAGUGCGUCUCGCCUCCGUGCCUCUCUGGUGGAGCGCACACCAGAGAGUGGAUGGCGCGGUCGAUGCUGUACCUUUCCGUGCUCCGCAAGCUUCGGGUACCGGGCGCUGCGCCGCUGGCGGCGUCGUCGCUCCCAACCAUGCACCCGGUGCCCACAGUGCUCUGGCUCAUCAACGUCUACGUCAGGGACGCCUUGACGAGGCUCGACGAGACGAGAGCCAGAGUCACUUCCAUCUUUGGUGAUCUUUUGAAGAUGGACUCCACCAAGAAGAUCACCAAAAAGCUUGCGGGCGGUGCUGCCGGGACGGCCGCCUGGGUCACCAACGUCGGCAAUGAGUACGGGCAGGUGCUCAUGUCCGUCCUCACCGCAGCUGAGGGGGGCGGACUUGUCGACAUGGCAUGGUACCGCGAAGCCGGGAAGGCCCCUCCAAGGGUCCUGUACGUGGACCGGGACUGCUGUGCCACCGUGGGACAGUGUCAAACGUCCAAGCUGUUCCACGAGUGGCACGAGCUGGUCGUCAGGCUCGACGUGUGGCACCUCAUGCGGCGUUUCGCCAGAGGGGUGACCACCGACAGCCACCAGCUCUACGGCCUCUUCAUGGCGAGGCUCUCCUUCGCCAUUUUUGAGUGGGACGCCGAAGACGUGUCCCGCCUGAGAGGAGCCAAGCAGUCCGAGGAGGGGAGGGACGCCCAGGAGGUCAAGCUGUCCGCCAAGGAGCUCGCCCGUCACUGCCGGCGCCGCACCAGGGGUGCAGUGAAGACGGAGCGGCUGGUCCAAGAGGUGCUGGACACCUUCUGGCACGUGACAGACAGCAUGGGCGUCCCUUUGAUCGACCGCGCCCGAAUGGAGGAGAUCUGGAGCACGCUGCGCCGACACCUCGACUGAAUCCAGGACCCUGCGGGAGUGGACCUCUACACCAAGACGGGAGAGCUCACCAAAGGCGGGGUGAGGCUCCCCGUCUACCGGUGCGGCCGAGGCUCCACUUCCCUGGAAUCGUUCCACCUGCACCUGUGCCGCUUCAUCCCAGGUAAGUACAUGUGUGGUUUACAACACAGACUCAAUUAUGUAUUUGUGUGUUUAUUUGUUCUCACACUAACUGUGUUGCUUUGUUUCUGCUUAGGACAAUCUGCAAGUGAUGUACACUUCCAGGUGUACCUGCUGGAGGGCCUGGUGCGGUGGAACGAGAAUCGAGGGAGGACAGAGGUCGGCGCUGCGUUGCUACAGUGCCCAGCUGCAGCACAGCUUCGACCAGCUGACCCAAGAGCUUCUUGGGCUCACGCUGGUCGACACGUACACCAUGCCCAGGG